GCGGUCACGUGCGGGGCCGGUGCGUACGGCACAGCGGGGCGGGCGGCGGCAGGAGCGGUGAGGCGCGGCGCGGCGAGACUGGCGGCGGGUCAGCCCAGCCCAGCCCGCGUAACUCUUCCGCGGCGCGCAGCGGGGACUGGGGAACGGCAGGCAAGAAGUGCCGUUGCCGUGACACGCGGGCCUGUCGCCUCAAAAAAGUGUUUUAAUUACCGGUACGGAAACGAACUGCCCGAUUCCAGCGCGUGGAGAACUCCAGCGGCUCUGCUGAAGUUCUUCGGUGCUUGGCACUGUGCUUGCCUGCUGAUCCGGUGGGAUCUCACACUAGCUGUGAGAUGAGUACUGAAGCAGAACAGCAGCUUCUCCAUGAUGCUAGAAAUGGAAAUGCUGAAGAAGUUAAACAGCUGUUGGAUACCAUGGACAAAGGAGAAAUAAACUUUGAUAUCAACUGUAAAGGUAGAAGUAAAUCUAAUAUGGGUUGGACACCUCUUCAUCUUGCUUGCUAUUUUGGACAUGCUGUUGUGGUAGAGGAUUUGCUGAAGGCUGGUGCAGCCGUGAAUGUGCUGAAUGACAUGGGGGACACUCCACUCCAUCGUGCAGCUUUCACAGGACGUAAGGAGGUGGUGAUGUUACUCUUGCAGCACAAUGCUGAUACUUCUAUUGUUAAUGGGAGUGGAGAGACUGCAAAAGAAGUUACUCAUGAUAAAGACAUAAGGAAUAUGUUGGAAGCAGUGGAAAGGACACAAGAAAGGAAACUGGAAGAAGAACUCUUAGGAGCAGCAAGAGAGGGGGAAAUGGGGAAGCUGACUGCCUUGUUGAACAAACCCAAACCACCUGAUAUCAACUGUACAGAUCAGAUGGGGAACACACCAUUGCACUGUGCAGCAUAUCGUGCCCAUAAGCACUGUGCAUUGAAACUUCUAAAAAAUGGAGCAGAUCCUAAAAUAAGAAACAAAAAUGAUCAGACACCCUGUGAUCUAGCCCAAGGUGCCGAAAUGAAACUGAUACUGGGAGGUAAAACCGGAAAGGUUAUCAACAAACCUCUGAGACGAUAUGAAGGUCUCCUAUGGAAGAGCUCACGAUUUUUUGGUUGGAAACUCUACUGGAUAGUUCUAGAACAUGGAGUCCUUUCCUGGUAUCGGAGACAAGCUGAUGCAGUGAAUAAUGAUCAUCGUCAGGGAUGCAAGCAUCUGACACAAGCUGUCUGCACGGUAAAAUCUACAGACAGUUGCUUCUUUUCUGUCAGAUGUUUUGAUGACACUGUUCAUCGUUUCAAGAUUCCUAAAAAUAGCCUUCCUUCUCAGACUAGAGAGAGUUGGCUGGAAGCAAUAGAAGACCACUCUGCUUAUAGCACUCAUUACUGCACACAAGAACAGUUGAGUAGUGAUGAUGAGGAAGAUGAUACAGUAUCUGUUACAGAUCUACAGGAUACUUUGAAAAAAGCACAAGCAUGCCAACAAAGACUCAGUAAAGAGAUUUCGGAUUUCCUUGCAAUGGUUAAAUCUUUGGAUGCUGCAAAAGGAAUAUCUUCUCCCCUCCUGCAAAAAGUUGAUGUGGUCUCUGAAGUAUCCCAGGAAACAUGUGAGGCCCUGGCUGACUGCCUCAACCUAUUUGCAAAGCAAGAAGGGGUGAGGAAUUUGAAACUGGAGCAUGAGCAGGAGAAAAACAAGAUCUUGUCAGAAGCAUUAGAGACGCUAGCUACUGAACACCAUGAACUAGAACAGUCUCUGGUUAAGGGGUCUCCGCCUCUUAGCAUCAUCAGUGAAGAGCAGUUCUAUGAUGCUGUUUCAGAUUCAGAAUCUGAAAAAUCAUUAAGUGGGUUUGAAACAACAGCCUACUCGUUGGAGGACAGCAUGGAUUCAAAAGAUACAAUAACUUCAAGCAUGUCUGAAGAAAAGGUUUGUGGCAGUGGGGAGUCGCUGUCUAACGGGAUCAAAAAACACAGAACAAGCUUGCCAUCUCCGAUGUUUUCCAGAAAUGACUUCAGUAUCUGGAGUAUCUUAAGAAAAUGCAUUGGAAUGGAGUUGUCCAAGAUCACAAUGCCGGUUAUAUUCAAUGAGCCACUGAGCUUUCUACAGCGACUUACAGAGUAUAUGGAGCAUACAUACCUCAUCCACAAAGCCAGCUCACUUUCCAGCACAACCGAGCGAAUGCAGUGUGUUGCUGCGUUUGCUGUGUCUGCUGUAGCCUCGCAGUGGGAACGUACAGGGAAGCCAUUCAACCCAUUGCUUGGAGAGACUUAUGAAUUGAUCAGAGAUGAUCUUGGAUUUAGACUUCUCUCGGAGCAAGUUAGCCAUCAUCCACCAAUCAGUGCUUUCUAUGCUGAAGGCUUACAUAAUGAUUUUGUGUUUCAUGGAUCAAUUUAUCCUAAACUGAAAUUCUGGGGCAAGAGUGUGGAAGCGGAACCAAAAGGCACAAUGACUUUGGAGCUUCUUGAACACAAUGAAGCCUACACGUGGACGAAUCCUACGUGCUGUGUGCAUAACAUUAUCGUGGGCAAACUUUGGAUUGAGCAGUAUGGAAAUGUGGAAAUAACUAACCAUAAAACUGGUGAGAAAUGUGUACUAAGCUUCAAGCCCUGUGGCCUCUUUGGGAAGGAGCUGCACAAAGUUGAAGGCUACAUUCAGGACAAAAGCAAAAAGAAACUUUGUGCACUGUACGGGAAGUGGACUGAGUGUUUGUACAGCGUUGACCCAGCUACAUUUGAAGCUUACAAAAAAAAUGACAAGAAGAAUGCAGAAGAGAAGAAAAGUGGUAAACAGGUGGGCAAUACUGAGGACCCAGAUGAGAUGCCGCUGCCAGAUUCUGAGAGUGUGUAUGUUAUUCCUGGAAGUAUUUUGCUAUGGAAGAUAACUCCAAGACCUCCAAAUUCAGCACAGAUGUAUAAUUUUACUAGCUUUGCUAUGGCUUUGAAUGAGUUGGACAAAGAAAUGGAGAGUGUCAUUCCCAAAACUGACUGCCGGCUACGACCAGAUAUCAGAGCCAUGGAAAAUGGAGAAAUAGAUCUAGCUAGUGAAGAAAAGAAGAGGCUAGAAGAAAAACAAAGGACUGCCCGCAAAAAUCGUUCAAAGUCAGAGGAAGACUGGAAGACGAGUCACCCAUCAUCCCAGAGUCCCAGGUUUGGACAUGUCUGCCUUUGUCUUUUUCCUGUGCCUGCUCUUCUGAAGUGUUUGGGUUUGUUUGCCCCGAGACUGAUGGAAAAUAACAUCUUUGUAAUGCUUCCAAGUAAAUGUGUUAAGUGCUGGACAGCCUUGCGCCUCCCUCUUCCUUUCCUGAAUUCAGAGUGGUUCUAGCCCUCACCAAGUGUUUUCAAAGCAAGGGUUCGUUAUAUUGUGUUCUUCCAGGUGCCUGCAGUAGCUUAAGGUAUAGCUCAAAGCACCUUGAGGUUGGUAUUGGAAAUUGGGGAAUUUCCACAGGGCAACUCAGAGCAAUGCAGAAACCAUUCACAAGGUUCUUCAGUUGCUGUUGUGCAGGUACUGUAGACCUGCUUAGUACUUGCCUGGGAUAUCUUCUAAGAGUUCUUUUCCAGGAUUCUAAAGUUAUGGCAGAAAAUUCCUAGUGUCUGAGCUCUUUCGUUGGCAUGCCAGGUGUGACUGCCUCCAAAGGGUGAAUGUGAAGUGUGUAGGAAGAGUUGUGCUUUGGGGGGAAAAAAUGCAUACUGCGAAGGGAAGCUGUCCUACCUGUUCCCAGAAAGUGAACCAUAGGUCUUCAUCUGCGGUGUAAUAUAAACUCUGAUGUAACUGCCAUUUUCUUGCCACAGAAAAGCAGACUUCUUUGUCUAGUAGAGCUCCUCACUCGUCAGACAGUUAUCCAAAGUGCCUAUUGAUUCUUUUCAUUAUUUUGAAUCCACUUGAGAAGCGGGGUCUUGGCGGUUCUGAAGAAGUGAUUUGUGUUGAACACUUAAUGCUUUAGAGACUGACCAGGAGUCUUAAACCUUGGGUAAAAGACUAGUCCAGUUCUGAAACACAGUAGUGGUCUGUUGCUUUUGAUGAAAAUCAGUCUCCUCCUCCUCCUAUCACUUACCUGGCUGCAAUAUCUGAUUCCUUUGGGUCUCCUAUGUUCCUCAAAUUGAGUUUUUCCCAUCGCCUUUCCCCUUCCUGCUGAAGUAGGUUGUCACUGGAGGAGGGGUACACUGCCCUGACCUGUACAAGUGUCAAAGACACACUAAGCGAGGUCCUGGGUGGCACAAUUCCUUCCUCUGAGAGAUGAGGUAACUGCGCUUACAGCCCUGCCCCUCGGCAAAUGCUUGGCUUUGCACUCUGGAAUGAGCUGCCGUUUCCUGGGAGCUCAGGUGAACUAGACACACGCACAGGCGCACACACCAGUUACUUCGGAAUAGUUGCCUUGUCCUGCGUGGAGGUGAUGCAGUAGUGAACCACGUGCAGCACCAGGGGUGAAUGACUUCUGUCUCCUGUUGACUUCGGUUCAUUUAACCAGGACAGCAGGAGAACCGUUUAAGCAUUCGACUGUCCAGUUUACCACCGUGAAGAUGGUACAAGGCGUUUCUUCUGAUACACAUCUCAGAUCUUUUGAGCCAAGGAAGACUUACCCGUUAGCAGCCCUGCUUUGUAAUGUGACGCUGUGAUACUGGUGGCCUUUGUGGUUUUGCUUUUUAAAAAGGUCAAGUCAUAUUUGGUCCGAACGUGCUUUAAUUUCUGUUCUGAAAGCUUACGGUACCCUCGAAGGGAAGACCCGAGUUAAAAUGGGUUGCCUUGCACGCAUGAUUUAUUUGAGUGUUCGCUGCAGUGAAGCACAUAAAGAACUGGCUCUUGUGGCCGUUGAGGAGGUGAAAGGAAGCUGUGGAGCAUAUUAAGCAGAGAAGUAGCCUGCAGCAAGCUGAUCCGUGCCACAAACACGGCUUGGCAAAAUGCAACAAGAAGCUAAAAGGUCUGGUACUGUGCGGUGUGUGCUGUUGAGGCAGACUAUGGAGUAACUGGGCCCAAACCGAGAGUGCCGUUCGGCAACGGGCUGCAGGACUGCCAGACACAGCGGUGCGAGAGGAGGAAGGACAAAUGUCCGUGCCACGGUGAUUUGGCAGGGUUGUACUCACCACUGAGAUAACUUGCCAGCGGUAUGGCCUUCUGGGUGCACCUUAUUUACAGAUACCUUACCUCCGAUACACAGCCCCCCUCAAAAGGUUACGUACACAUGCAGGUGUCAGCAGUGCACGUGUACACACGGUGCCUCCAGAUUAGGUAGGAGGGGAGAGGGAAGGAAAGAAGCGUUUCUACCAACGACCAGCUUAGCAAGAGCGUGCAGGUGACUUCUGGCAGGUGGAAUCAGAUUUCUGGGCAUUUAGAUUGAGCCUCCCAUGGCUAACAGCGUAAUGCAACACAGUUAAGUUGUAAUAAGCCAGGCCUUUUCCUGCAGCCUGUGGGUGAUUUCAUCUACACUUGGUCCGAGUUAAGUGCAUUGCAAAACAAGGCUUUAAAAACCAAGGGGAAAUAAUGUUUUUCUGUUUUCAGGACUGCAGUGCUUGUGGUGUUUACAUGUCUUGCAAAAAUUGUUACUGCUUAUGCAUGCCAAAAUCAUUGUUCACAACUGCUUUGAAACUGUACCGGCCCUUUUUUAUGUGAUAGUCUUGACUGCUUCAAGCGACAAAACACUGGUGUCAGUAAUUUCCCCUAGGAGACAUUGUAAGUCGUGUGACGAAUGGGGAGAUCCUGGCCGCUGAAGACAACUUCAAAUUCACUCGUGAAUUUUAAACCAAGAGGGGUUCUGUGAUCACAGUAAUUACUUUGAACAAUGAACUGCUGAAGAUGCAGCAAAGCAGUUCUGAACUUCUGUAAUAGUGUGUGUUAACAGCUUCACUAACAUGCUGUGUUUCC